GAUAGGGAGGAGGAAUUGGAGAGUAGGGACAGAGAUAGAGUUAGUGGCCACAGCAAGGAAAGAGAGAGGGAUAGGGAGAUUCGAAAUGAUAGAAAUAGAGAUAAAGGCAUAGAUAUUGAUAGCAAUGGGAAAAAGUAUAAAAAUCUUGACGAUGAUGCUGGUGAGCAUGGUAGGUAUAAACAUCCUGCAAACUCAAGAUUUGUUGAAGCAGAAAACUAUCAGAAAAGAAUGAGGAAAGAUGGUCUUCGAAAGUCUUUGCAAGGGAAUGGGGAUAAACUGAAAAGAGAUGAGGCUGAGCAAGCUGAUUUCGAGGAAAGCAUAUCUUUGAAACUUGCUGAACAGGAAGAGGAAGACCUCGAAAGAAUCAAGGAGGAAAGUAGAAAACGAAGGCAAGCCAUCCUAGAAAAAUACAAGCAUCAGCAGUCACAGCAGCAAAAUGAGUCUUCGGCAGAGGAAAAGGAGAAAGAUCAAGGAUUGGAAGGUAAUCCCGUUCAGACAAUACAUGCCCCUACUGAUGCCCCUGGUACUCUGGAUGGUAAAAAUGAUAGUGUGGACAUAAAUGUUUCUGGUCCUUUAUUAACUGUUGGGAAAUCACCCUCACAAGAUGGAAUUGCUACCUUGGAGACAACUUCUAGGGCUGCAGGGCUUGGAGAGGGCACACCAAAGAGUGAGAGAUCAGAUGACAUGUUCUGCGAUGAUAUAUUUGGAGAAUCACCAGCCGGCGUUCGAAAGUUGGGUAAAGGAGAUGGUCUACCAAUUGUGAGGAGUGGUCUUCAUGACAAUUGGGAUGAUGCAGAGGGUUACUAUAGCUAUCGAUUUGGUGAACUGCUUGAUGGUCGAUAUGAAGUUGCUGCUGCUCAUGGCAAAGGUGUCUUCUCCACUGUAGUACGCGCCAAGGAUCUGAAAGCUGCUAAUGGUGAACCUGACGAGGUGGCUAUAAAAAUUAUACGUAAUAAUGAAACAAUGCACAAGGCUGGUCAGUCAGAGGUUCAGAUAUUAAAGAAGCUUGCUGGUGCAGACCCAGAGAACAAGCGACAUUGUGUUCGUUUUCUUUCAAGUUUCAAGUACAGGAAUCAUCUUUGUUUAGUUUUUGAAUCUCUUCACAUGAAUCUGCGGGAGGUUUUGAAGAAAUUUGGUCGCAACAUCGGUCUGAAAUUAACAGCUGUGAGAGCAUAUGCAAAACAACUUUUUAUUGCCCUUAAGCAUCUGAAAAAUUGUGGUGUUCUUCAUUGUGAUAUAAAGCCAGAUAACAUGCUGGUCAAUGAAGCAAAAAAUGUUUUGAAGCUUUGUGAUUUUGGUAACGCCAUGUUUGCUGGAAAAAAUGAAAUUACACCUUAUCUUGUGAGCCGCUUCUAUCGUGCUCCAGAAAUAAUUCUUGGUCUCUCUUAUGAUCAUCCAAUGGAUAUGUGGUCUGUUGGCUGCUGUUUGUAUGAGCUUUAUACUGGGAAAGUUCUCUUCCCUGGUCCAACAAACAAUGACAUGCUACGCCUUCAUAUGGAAUUAAAAGGUCCUUUCCCAAAGAAGAUGCUUCGCAAAGGGGCAUUUAGUGAUCAGCAUUUUGAUCAAGAUCUGAAUUUUCAUGCUACAGAAGACGACCCUGUUACCAAAAAGACCAUAAAGAGGAUAAUUAUUAACAUAAAGCCAAAAGAUAUUGGAUCAAUUAUUGUGGGUUCUCCAGGCGAGGAUCCCAAGAUGUUAGCCAAUUUCAAAGAUAUUCUAGAAAAAAUAUUUGUCUUGGAUCCAGAGAAGAGAAUGACAGUGUCACAAGCAUUAUCGCAUCCAUUCAUCACGGGCAAAGCUCUCGAUACAGUUUUUGGCAUGGUUCAAGUGAAGGGGUGAUGUUUGGUCAGAAGUACUCUUUACUGGCGAUUGUUUCAGUGGAAUGUACUGUUUCUAUUGUAAGACAACUCGCCAAAGGCGUUUCUAUUAAUUUUUCUCCUGUAACUUUUCCUGGUUAUGGCCAUAGGCAAAAUUAUCGUAUCUUUUCUCAUUGCUGUUCUGAGAAAAUUAACAAGGACAGAAACUUACAAUUUUUACGAGUUUUA